GAAGUAAUGUACCCGGAAAAACACCAUCACCCAUGGCCGAUAUUGAUUCGAAGUGUCGGUUUAAUCCGCGGAAAUUGAAUCAAUGUGUUUGUUGGAUCUGGUAGGCCAUUCUUUCAAUAAAACACCAAUGCAAUACACGAUGCGACGUUAUAGAAGACUAUUGAGUCCAAUCAAUUGGGCUGUCUUGAGCUGGCGAGAUGGAUCCAGUUGAAGCUGUUGAACAUUCGCAGGUUGUUGAUGCUGCCGCCAGUGAUCCCAAUGGGGUUGAUGUCACAUCUUGGGUGUCGGUCUGUCCGAGAGGUCUCUGGGUGGUCCACAAGACGCUGACACACUCAGAACGCCAACGGAAAGUUUCUGAUUCCAGAGAAGCGCUGUCGUCCGCUUACAAGCCAAGGUUAGGUUCGCUGUGUCGUGUCCGUGUGUGUGUGGUGGAUCAAGCUGAAAAAUCGGCAUCUGUGAAAGACCACGAGACCAAGCGUGGAGGUCCACUUGAAGUUCCAGAAGCGACCUUUCGACGUCAGCUAGACUCUGUUCUGCAGAUACCACUGGGUGAAUGGACUACGCUUAAAGUUGGGGAGGGUCAUUGUGAUAUCACAGAAGCCUGCGUGGAGGCCAUGAGAGCUGGAGAGUCAUGCCAGAUACGAGUCACACCGGCAAAUGGAGCCGGUAUGUGGCAUUCCCAACCCAUGCAGGAAAUAUGCGCCACCGUGGAACUGCAAGCUUUUACGCCAGGAAAAGAAUCUUGGCAGAUGUCGUCUGAUGAAAAAUGGGAGUGGGUGAAGUCCCAUAAGGAAAGAGGCGGCCAGAGAUUCAGAAGUGGAGACUUGUGGGGAGCGGCGGACAGCUACAGUCGCGCCCUCAAACUCGUCAUCGCCCUGCAAGGCUUCGAGGCAGUCAGACAAGAACACCAAAUAGACGAACAAAGUACGGCGCCCUGCAAAAAUCAACCGUGUGGUCCUACAGUUAAUAAAGUGCAAAGCAUGAAAGCUGAACUUCACUCCAACUUGUCAUUGUGUCAGCUCAAACUGAAGCAGCCAGUGCGGGCUAAAGAAAAUGCUGCCAAGGCCACACAGCUGGAACCAGGUCAUGCUAAAGCUUGGUACCGACUUGGCCAAGCCUGUCAGAUGUUGAACGAGCUGGUGGAGGCCCGGUUGGCCUUUCGUAAACUCCUGAAGCUACAACCGGAGUCCAUGGCGGCAGUGAAGGCUCUUAAAGACAUCUCAAUUCGGGAAAGGGAAACAAAUGCACAGUUGGGACAGAGACUUAGUAAAAUGUUCAACUAGAAUGCUGGAAAGUGUUUAACACUGUAAUACCAAUUAGGGAGGCGUGAUAUUGGGAAAAACACGUGAAAUGCGAUAUUGGUGUUGAAUAUCGCAUGUGGAUAUGAUUGUGAUAUUUAACAUGUACCUCAAGAAAUGACAAUUUUAUAAUACAUUACAAAUACAUUCAUCAUGUGGCAAAAUAAACAAGCUCAAUGUAUUCUUAGCUAAUUAAUUGUAAUGCCCCUGGAUGAUGUCCACCUUUUGGAUGGUGAUGCGUAUUUAGGUUUUCUUGGUGUUGAAUUCAGAUAAAAGCACACAAUUCCAUAGGAAACCUCUUGCUUGUCUUUGCUAUAUGCAUAUGUGCCAUUAUCACGAUAAAUUAAAUAAAUUGUGCUGGCCUCAUGCAAAUGAU